CACCCUGAUCGCUCACGCGCCUCAGCCCAAACCCACCCCACACACUCGAACAACGAUGGCCGCUUUCACCUUCAACCCCCUCGUCCUCUCCGCGCGCGCCGUGGCCCCCGCCAAGGCCACCCGCGCCACCCGCCGCGCCGCCAAGCGCGCGCUCCGCUGCUCCGCCACCUCCGAGGAGGAGGACGUCAUGGGCGAGAUCGGCCUCGGCGACCUCGAGGACAUCAUGGCCAAGGCUGACGGCGGCGCCUCCGUGCCCAAGUUCAUCGCCGACCUCGGCAUCGAGCCCCUCACCCAGGGAUUCAAGUUCCUCGGCUCCGACCAGAUGACCGGCCCCGGAUCCGAGAUGCUCUUCGUCGAGAAGUUCGGCGAGACCCUCUACAGGGAGGCGGGCUUCACCGAGACCGCCGAGAAGAUCAACGGCCGUCUCGCGCAAGUCGGCUUCGUCCUCGCCGUCCAGAACACCUUCAACGGCGACGUCCUCGAGCUCAUCGCCAAGUACCCGCUCCUCGUCCUCCUCACCGUCGCCGGCAUCACCGGAGCGUCCCUCGUGCCCACCUGCGCGCCCCAGGGCUACUUCCCGGACGCGCUCAAGGAGACCACCAUGAAGGCGUACGAGGGCGCCGGCCUCGGGGACAUCUUCUCCGCCAAGGCUGAGAUGAUCAACGGCCGCGCGGCGAUGCUCGGCAUGGCCGUGUUCAUCGCCACCGCCACCAUCUUCUGAGCCAUCGGCUCUGAAGGGUUGAGAGAUUUGGGAUGAUUCGCACGAUUCUUUCGUCCGGGCCGCGAGCGCAGCCGGACCGCAGCAUACAAGUAGCACCGCGCAGCAAUAGAACGCAUUCGCAAUAACACGACGCGACACGCGUAAAGUCG